AGUGAUAGAGAAUGAACGUGUAAAACAGGUGUGCGUUAUCUAUUUUUGUCUCUCUCACACAUAUGAUAUUGGGUGAGGUGGAAGCGAGAUAACAAAGGUUAAUUGAUAUUCAAUCAUGUUUCGCUUGAUAGUCCUCAGCGCCUUGGCGGGUAUCGCUGCACCAAUAAUAUACUUCUACUUUAAAAGCCACCCUCCGCUACCAGAAAUCGACCUGGAGGAGUGGUGGGGACCGAAGCUCGCUAAAUCCAAGUACAAUGAAAGUAUCGUACCUUUCCAAGUGGAGUUCAGUAAUUUGGUCGUGAAAGACAUCAAGGAACGUCUCAGAGACCGUCAUCCGCUCACUCCGCCAUUAGAAGGUAUCGCUUUUGAAUAUGGCUUUAACAGCAAACAGCUGGAAUCCUGGCUGAAAUAUUGGGCGGAGGAAUAUCCAUUCAGCGCUCGCGAAAGAUACAUAAAUCAAUAUAAACACUACAAGACAAACAUUCAGGGAUUGAACAUACACUUUGUGAGAGUAACGCCAGAGGUUCCUGCUGGUAAAGAAGUGGUACCAUUGCUGCUACUGCACGGUUGGCCAGGCUCGUUCCUGGAGUUCUACGACGCUAUACCACUCCUCACUGCUGCGAAUAAGGACAGGGAUUUCGCAGUCGAGCUGAUCAUACCUAGCCUGCCUGGUUAUGGCUUUUCUAGUGGUGCAGUUCGGCCUGGUUUUGGAGCGGAUAAGAUGGCUGUUGUAAUGAGAAACCUUAUGUCUAGACUCGGCUACAAGAAAUACUACGCGCAAGGUGGAGAUUGGGGAGCAUUGAUUACCAGUAUUAUGUCUACUUACUUCCCAAACGAAGUGCUAGGAUACCACACGAAUUUACCAUUCUUGAUGAGUCCAUGGACCUCGAUAAUCCGAAUCUUGGGGGCAAUAUAUCCCCCGUUAGUGGUCAACUCCAAUGUGGCUGAUAGGAUGUAUCCUUUGGGAAAACACGUUGGCUUCUUGCUGCAGGAGACUGGGUACAUGCAUCUGCAGUCUACUAAACCAGAUACUGUUGGUGUGGCUCUCGCUGACUCUCCAGCGGGCUUAGCAGCGUACAUUCUAGAGAAAUUCUCGACCUGGACCAAACCGGAGUACCGCUCGCAGCCCGACGGCGGGCUCACGCAGCGCUUCACCAAGGAUCAGCUGAUUGAUAACGUGAUGGUCUACUGGAUGUCUAAUUGUAUCACGACGUCUAUGAGACUGUAUUCUGAGACGUUUAAUAAGCGUUACUUUGGAUUGGGGCUCGACCAAAUACCAACCCAAGUGCCAACCUUCGUCAUCCAGGCGAAGAAUGAAAUCAACUAUGUACCAGAAAUGGUCUUGAAAACAAAGUACCCCAACCUUUUGAAGGCUACAGAUCUCGAAGAUGGCGGCCACUUCCUAGCCAUGGAGUUACCUGAAGUAUACGCUAAGGACGUUUUAACCGCGAUUACUACGUUUAGAAAUUGGCACAAGGAGAAAGAAGCACGUAAAACUGAGUUGUAAAUAAACUUUUUUAUAUAA